AUGUAUAUUCCUAAUUUAAAACACAAAGUCUCAUACAAAAGAACCACAUCGAUCAAAACACAUAUAGCAUCGAACAUUAUUGUUAAGCUGUUCUUCUCCCUUGCCUUAUUUUCUUCACUUUUCUCAAUAUCUUCUUCAUCAACAACAUCAUCUUCCUCCAUAGAUUGGUGGUGCAACCAAACUCCUUACCCUGAGCCAUGCAAAUACCACAUGAACCACCGUCACAACCGAUUCAAACCGAACCACCGGUCCGAGUUCAGGAAAAUUCUGGUUCAGUUAGCCGUGGAACAAGCUCAAGCUAUGCAUAAGGAAGCACAAGAGUAUGGCCCAAAAAUUGUGAGCCAAACGCAGACAUACGUGUUCAGUGAUUGUUUAAAGCUCUAUGAUAACACCGUCUUUCAUCUAAACCAAACUCUUCAAGCCUUACAUUCUUAUGCUUGUUCGUUAUUAGAUGCACAAACAUGGCUUAGUACUGCCCUCUCAAACAUCGAAACCUGCUGUAGCAGCGCGGUGCAGCUCGGAGUCAGAGUGUUCUCGCUUCAAAAUAAUGUGAGCAGCCACAAUGUUAGGAAGAUGAUAAGCAAUGUGUUGGCUGUAAAUGGUGAGAUUCUGAAGCAAGAGAAUAACAACACAAAGAGAAAAGCUCUUGGGUUUAUUCCAAGCUGGUUUUCUUGGCACGAAAGGAGGCUUUUGAGCUUGAGUUCAUCUUCUUUGAAGGCUAAUCUUGUGGUGGCUCAAGAUGGUACUGGACAUUUUAAGACGGUGCGAGCCGCCAUUGAUGCAACAUCAAAGAGAACAGUGAAGGCGAGGUUUGUGAUACGUGUGAAGAAAGGGGUUUAUGAAGAGAAUAUUCAAGUUGAUAAGAAUAAUGAAAAUCUCAUGAUUGUUGGAGAUGGAAUGAAACUCACCAUUAUAAUUGGUAGUAAAAGUGUCCAAGAUGGAAUUACCCCCUCUAUGUCUGCAACAGUAGGUAUAGAUGGUGCCCACUUCAUUGCACGAGACAUCACUUUUAGAAACACAGCCGGUCCUGAGAAAGGUCAAGUGCUGGCACUCCAAUCAGCCUCCGACCUCUCCGUCUUCUACCAGUGCUCUAUCGAAGGCUAUCAAGAUACUCUAAUGGCUCAUGCACAACGUCAAUUCUAUAGAGAUUGCAGCAUUUUUGGCACAGUUGAUUUCAUUUGGGGCGAUGCUGCAAUUGUUCUGCAAAAUUGCACCAUUCUUGUGAGAAAGCCCUUACAGGGACAAGGAAACAUGAUCACGGCUCAAGGGCGAGGUGACCCGUUUCAGAACACCGGAAUAUCAAUAAUCAAUUCUCGCAUUCGAGCCGCGCCGGAUCUCAGACCGGUCGUAAAAUCAUAUGAAACCUAUUUGGGUGGGCCAUGGCAGCAAUAUGCACGAGUUGUUGCAAUGAAAACCUACAUUGAAGGAUUGGUGAAUCCAUUGGGUUGGUCUCAAUGGGGUGAUAGUGAUUUUGCUCAGGAUACGUGUUAUUUUGGGGAAUAUAUGAACUCUGGGACUGGUUCAUCAACAAAAGAUAGGGUUCAAUGGCCUGGGUUUCAUGUCUUGACGAGCGAGAAUGAUACACAACAGUUUUCUGUUGCUGGACUUCUUGCUGGUAACACUUGGUUGCCUCCAACCGGUGUGCCUUUUGAUAUUGACAUUUAA